GCGAAACCUCACCUGAACCUUUCCUGGGACAUUUCUGUUAUCUACAGCCACCACAAUCAUGGCGGAUCCUUCUAUGGACUCGGAUAAGAUCCGCAACAAGAGACUCGCGAAACUGCAGCAAUCACAGGCGCAGCAGCAGUCGCAAGACGCCGCCGCACCCUCAUCUCCAGCCCAAGAUGGCCCCGAUUCAACGCCAUCAUCGCGACCAGAGACACCCCAAGUGAAUACUCCUUCCCUUCCGACGCCGACCGAAUCAUCAACGCCAUCUGAUACCAUCGCGAAAGAACCAUCACCUCCACCUGCGACCCGGAUACGAAUCACUCCAGCAUAUGUCACCCCCCAGAAGCGAGAGAUGGACGGCGUGGAAAGACCAAGUUCAAGACAGAGUUCAAGGCCAAAUGAGACCAUCGAACAGUGGGAAGACCGUACGCUGAGGAAUAUCUUUCGUCUCAGUCUAGACCCUGAGCAGACAAAAGAUAUGCACGGUCAGCAGCUCCUCGUCCUUACACAACUUAGAGAAGAGUUGGAGACUGAAGGCAAGCCGGUGCUACUGAACACCGACUUACUAGAGCAGGCCAUCAUGGAAGCAGGUGCAGAUCUGGGCAAAUUGACUCCGCAUGAUUGGCUGUUCGGCUGCUGGAAGAGAAUCACGAGAAUGAGCAAGGCAGUCAAAGAUCGGACUCCUGAGAACAAGAAGUGGACCGUCAUUUCAGAGGCUAGGAGACUCUGUAUGAGCUGGUGCAUAUUGUCUGUCACGACUCCUGAUGUAUUCGGUGCAGACUAUGAUGGCGUCGCCGCACUGGCGGACCACCUUCUGGCCGAUCCGGAUGAGGAUGCAGGCGUUUGCCAUGAUUUCCUUACAGAAGUCAUCACGAGAUUCGACGAGGAUGAAACCAUCAAGGAGGCAUUCGUGGGCGCUGUUGAGAAUCUGAGUCGGCGUCUUGCUAAAUUGACCAUGGACUCUGACUACCGACGAUACACUGCCAUGCUGCGACACCUCAUUCGGUACAAGCCCGUGGCCAUUGCGAUCACACAAUCGAAGAUGUUUGUGGACAAGUCAGUCCCAGCUGCCCAAUUAGAGGUUGCCACUCUGCUCGGCCCCUUUUUCCAGCUGUCGCCGCUGCAAGCGGAAGUGACGAAGCAGUACUUCUCUGGCCCAAAGACGAUGGACCCAGGAAGGAUCCGGAACUCUCAGCAAUCACUUCAAAUGUCGUUGAGAUCCCAUCAGACCGAACUAUUUGAUAUUAUCAAUACACUGGUGCGCGCUGCUCCGGAAGCCCGAGAACGCGUGCUGGACUGGUUUGCACUCGUGGUGAACUCCAAUCACAAACGCCGCGCCAUGCGUGUGGACAAAACGACGGUCUCGAGUGAUGGCUUCAUGAUCAAUAUCACCACGAUUUUGGAUCAACUGUGUGAGCCUUUCAUGGAUGCACAGUUCACGAAGAUGGACCGGGUCGAUAUUGACUACCUCCGAAGGCAUCCUCGGGUUGACAUCAAGGAGGAAACGAAGAUCAAUGCUGACCAAGAGCACUCUGACGAGUUUUACAAGGACCAGCUCGAAGGCCCCAACAACUUCAUCUCAGAAUGCUUCUUCCUCACCGUGGCCGCUCAUUAUUAUGGGAGCGAAGCUGCUCGGAAUAUGCUCAAGGAUAUGGAUCGAGACCUGAAACACAUGGCCAAACAAAUCGAGGUCUUUGAAACAGAACGACAUAAAUACGUCAACAACCCUGCGCAGCUGGCGAUGUUCGAGAAUGCACUUAAGAGGUACAAGGAUCAGCACGACAAGGGCCUGUCGUACAAGUAUGCUGUGCAGGGCGUACUCUUGGAUGAAUUCGCUCAGACUCGUUCUAUGCAAUUCAUGCGUUUUGUGACUGUUUGGAUCCUUCGUCAAGUCUCUCCCCAUCGCCAAUUUCCUAACCAGAAAUUGACCCUCCCUCUCCCAUCAGAGCAACCAGAGACCUUCAAAAACCUCCCUGAGUAUUUCCUGGAUGUUAUCAGCAGUAAUUUCGGAUUUAUCAUGUACAACAUGCCCCAAGUCAUCUCCUCAACACAAUCAGACGAACUGAUAAUGCUCUGCAUCACCUUCUUGCGCAACUCCGAAUACAUCAAAAAUCCAUAUUUGAAAGCAUCCUUGGUUACAAUUCUCUUCCGAGGAACAUGGUCUUGGCGUCAAGGCGGAAGAGGAAUACUUGCAGAUCAAUACAACAGCAUGCCAUUCGCGACAGAGCACCUGCUGCACUCUUUGAUGAGAUUCUUCAUAGAGGCGGAGUUCAUGGGCGGCCACGGCCAAUUUUUCGACAAGUUCAAUGUGCGCUUCGAGAUUUUCCAGAUCAUCAAGUGUAUUUGGCCGAACACGGUGUACCGCGAUAACUUGCUGAGAGAGGCAAAGGUCAACAUGGAGUUCUUUGUGAGGUUUGUGAAUCUCCUCUUGAAUGAUGUGACGUUCGUGCUGGAUGAAUCAUUUACGGCGUUUCAUACGAUUUACGACAUCUCGAAAGAGCUCUCCCUUGCCGGCACGUCGCUAGACCAGCAGCAACGGCAGGAAAAGGAAGAAGCUUUGGAAGCGGCAAAGAACAAGGCAAAGUCAUAUAUGCAACUAACGAAUGAAACGGUGGCAAUGCUGAAGCUCUUCACGGAAGCUCUAGCUGACGCAUUCACGAUGCCUGAAAUUGUUCAGCGGUUGGCGGACAUGCUGGACUACAAUCUUGAUGCAAUGGUCGGACCGAAAUCCACGACCCUCAAAGUCGAAAACUUGCAGGAAUACAAUUUCAAUCCAAAAGCUCUGUUGAGUGAGAUUGUCGACGUCUACCUCAAUCUCAGCGAACGGGAGAAUUUCAUCCUCGCCGUUGCGCGCGACGGUCGAUCAUACAAGCCCGAAAACUUCGCUAACGCCGGCAACAUCAUGCGCAAAUUUGUCCUCAAGGCACCCGAAGAGCUCAAUAAGUGGCAACGUCUGACAGAAAAAUUCGCCAAGGCAAAGGAAGAGGAUGAAGCGGCGGACGCGGACCUCGGAGAAAUCCCCGAUGAGUUCUUAGACCCGCUGAUGUUCACACUCAUGGAGGAUCCUGUGAGGCUACCGGUGUCAAAGAUUGUUAUUGACAGGAGCACAAUACGGAGCCACUUACUGAGUGAUCCUCAUGAUCCGUUCAACAGAGUGCCGCUGAAGAUCGAGGACGUUAUUCCCGCAACCGAUGUUAAAGAGCAGAUUCAGAAAUUCAAGGAGGAACGGAUUGGAAGUCGUCGCAAGGACUUUGUGGAAACGGUCAAGACGGAAGCCGGCGGCAAUGCUGAUGGUGAGGCAAUGGACCUAAGUCAGUGAUUACGACAUGCACUCUCGGGGUGGUGGAAAAGAGAAUACUGCAACUUGAGACUUGCACCAUUCAUCAAGUCAUACGCAGUGUCGAUGCAUAACACCGGGACGAUAUAGAAGAUCAAAAUCAUGGAGAAUGGCAUCAAGACUCUCGGGCGCUUGGAAUGCCCAUGGACAAUCUUUCUUCCCCACCGGAAGUGUCGUGUAUUGCGUGAUCCUCCCACUUUGGGACAGCGAUCAAUGACAGGCAGAGCAUUACUACGGUACCGUGAGAAUGGUCGUGGGGAACGAGAGUAGAGGAAGCAUGCUAUUUGGCGCAAUACGUGACACAGCGUGCUCCAGGACUAUGUGCCACACCUGCAGGACGAUUCCAAGUGGGCGCUGUGCCCGAUGACUGUAGAUCUGACGC